AUGACAGUCAUCACUGAGUCGACCUCAGCUUCAUUUGCGGAGAAUGCCUGUGCUGCUUGCAGAGAGCAGAAGAGGGGAUGCGACAAGACGUUGCCAUCAUGCGGCCGGUGCACCAGGCUGAAUCGUUCGUGCAAUUAUCUCUGGCAUACCGCCUCGGACAUAUCUCCGUCUGAAGGGCUGGCUGUUUUGCUGCGGCCGGAGUUGGACAACCCCGAAGCGCCUGGUCUUGACGUCGAUCUAUUGUACUGUAAUAUGCUGCACCAAGCCCUGGAAGAACACGGUUCGACUCUCGCUCGGCUUGUGGACGAAUUCCUUUCCUACAGCCUGCCAUGGUUUCCGGUUGUGAUGGAGCGGCCUUUUAUGGAAAGCCUUGAGAAACUAGGUCAUAAACAUAAUGCACAUACUGCUCUACUCGCUCUCACCAUGCUUCUUGUCGUGCAGGGAACCCGACCUGAUAGAGCUACAAAUCCAUCACAUCGAAAUUACAUCCUGUGCAAGGAUCUUUACGCUGCUCUUCAGCUAAGACGCGCGCCUUCAUUACAACUGGUACAGAGCGGUCUUCUGAUAGCCUUACACGAGACCGGGGAAUCCUCCCCGGGAGCGGCCUCACUGACCAUAGCAAGCUGUGCGAGGUUAGGCUACUCAAUGAAACUAAAUAUAGACGAUGGGAGUGGUUACGAAGAUUAUCUCUCCUGGGAGGCUGCUGAGGAACGAAGACGGGUGUGGACUGGGAUAUAUUUGCUGGAUCGCGUCAUAUACCAGAUAGCAACCGAAUUCAAAGCGCCUCAUGUAUUAGAAGACCUGGCAGAUCACUUCCGACUGCCUGUCGAUGAUGCAUGUUUGAGAACAAACAAAACUCAGGCGACCCAGGCUCCCUCCCACCAGCCGGUGUCCGUGCCGGUCGAUGUUCCAGUCUGCUAUUACGCCCGGGAGAUCCAGGCUGUCCGUUUUCUCGGUGAAGUACAGUUGCUACAAAGACACAUCGACGUCAAUUCGCAGCCGGAGAAAUUCGAGUCUCUGGAUCACCGACUAAUGCAGUUCGCGGAAAGGCUGUUUGAGCAGACGCCCCAGGGGUGGGCAGUCUUAUGUGGAGCUAAUGCGAUCACCAUAACGGCUGCAUUGGCCCUUCAUCGAAUUCGAAUUGAUCGUGCGGUGAAGUCCCAAACCCUAGGGGCAUCUGAUGAUGCAGAAGCGUCGCUUCUAGCCUUGACUUCGUUUCUUAAUAUGGUCCGCGAUACAUGCGAUAACUUUAAUAUGCUCAGUGCGCAGGAGAAAAUUCCAUCUGCACCGCUACCUGCUGUUGUGUGCACGGGGGAAGCUGUCCUUACUGGGAUUAGGAUGAAGGAGCUGCUCGGAGAGCAGUUUCAGCUAGACUAUGAGCCAUUCCGACUGACAUUGCUUUACGCGAGGAAAUCGUGGAAAUUGGCUGAUCGAUAUUUGCAGCAAAUGGGAUGA